CUCCUUUCCCAGUCCAGCCCCACUGCCGGGAAGGGGGAGCUGAUGCAAAAACUCUGGGGAGGCCUGGGGCUUGGAGGCUCACACUGAGCCUAGGCUGAUCUCAGCAGACACGACAGACCCGCAGCAGCUCCAGGAGCCCAGAUACCAGGGGCAGGAGGGAAAGCCCGGGAGCUGCCUGCAGCCAUGUCAGCCCUCGGCCUGGUCACUCUGGGCCUGCUCACAGCAGUGCCCCCCGCCAGCUGUCAACAAGGCCUGGGGAACCUGCAGCCCUGGAUGCAGGGCCUGAUCGCCGUGGCCGUGUUCCUGGUCCUUGUUGCAAUCGCCUUUGCUGUCAACCACUUCUGGUGCCAGGAAGAGCCGGAGCCCAUGAACAUGGUCAUGACCACUGGAAACAAGGCAGAGGGGAUCAUGAUAGGAACGGACGGAAGGUACUCCUCGAUGGUGGCCAGCUUCAGGUCCAGUGAGCACGAGAAUGCCUACGAGAACAUUCCUGAGGAGGAGGGCAGGGUCCGGAGCACCCCCAUGUGACCUCUGCUGGCCUGAGGCCCCAGCCCUGAUCCCAGGGGCCUGUGAUGGAUGCUCAGCUCACCCCCUGGACCCUUUCCUUCUCUGUGUGGGAAUCUACAGUGAGGGGC